CACAACUUGAACCAUGGCGGAAGAAGACGAUACGAAAGUUCGGAUUUUACAAAGCCUCCGGGGAAAGAUCUGUGAGGCCAAGAACCUGGGCCUGCCGGCCGGAGCCAACAGACUCCGUGACCUCUGUACCUUCUGCACCAUCAACCUUGACCAGGAGGAGGUGUUCCGCACCAAAAUGUUCGAGAAAAGCGUCAGCCCAUUCUAUGGAGAGGACUUUUACUUUGAGAUUCCACGGCCCUUUCAGUUUCUCUCAUUUUAUGUGUACGCCAAGAGUGUUUUCCGGGACCUACCUGUAGGAAAAGUUGCCAUCAGGAAGGAGGAGCUAUGGAGAUACAGUGGGAAAGAGUCCUGGUUUCCUCUACAUCCGGUUGAUCCAAACUCAGAGGUCCAGGGGAAGGUUCACCUGGAGAUGAGGCUAAAUGAACUGAUUACAGAGAAUGGGUCAGUGUGUCAGCAGCUGCUGGUUCGGAUAAUUGCAUGUCAGGGUUUACCUCUGAUAAGUGGGCAGAACUGUGAUUCCUAUGCUACAGUGACACUUGUUGGCCCUUCCAGGACUGAUCAGAAGAAGACAAAAGUGAAAAAGAAAACUAGCGACCCUCAGUUUGAGGAGACAUUUUACUUUGAGGUCACAAGGUCAAGCAGCUACACUAAAAAAUCCCACUUUCAGGUGGAGGAGGAGGACAUUGAGAAACUGGAGAUUAAGGUUGAUUUGUGGAACAAUGGGAAUCUCGCCCAGGAUGUGUUCCUGGGAGAGACACGGGUGUCUGUAAAGAUCCUGAGAAAUGACGUUGUACAUAGAGCAUGGUACUUGUUACAGCCGAAGGGGAAUGGCACUAAAACCAAGCCGGAAGAACUAGGUUCCCUGCGACUCAAUGUCACCUAUACAGAGGACAACGUGCUGCCCUCUGCGUGCUACGCUCCACUGCGCAACCUGCUGCUCAAAUCUCCUGAUGUGAAGCCAAUAUCUGCGUCAGCGGCCCAUGUCCUGGGUGACCUGUGUAGAGAACGUUAUGAAGCUGUGUUACCUGUGGUCAGACUUCUGCUACAUCACAACCGCCUGCUACCCUUCCUCACAGCCAUCGCAGCACUGGAGCUGGAACAGACACAGGAGGCAAACACCAUAUUUCGGGGAAACUCCUUGGCAACGCGCUGCAUAGAUGAUAUGAUGAAAAUUGUGGGUCGGAACUACCUGACUGUCACCCUGAAGCCUGUACUCGAUGAGAUCUGUGAAUCCAAUAAAACCUGUGAAAUUGACCCUAUCAAACUGAAAGAGGGCGACAACGUGGAGGUCAAUAAGGAGAACCUGCAGGGCUAUGUGCAGAAGGUUUUCUCCUCUAUAACCCAGUCCAGUGCCAGCUGCCCACCUCUCAUGUGUGAUGUUUUCAGGUCUCUCAGACAAUUGGCUUCCAAGCGCUUCCCUGCGGAUCCUCAUGUGCAGUACUCGGCCGUGAGCAGUUUUGUGUUCCUGAGAUUCUUUGCCGUGGCGGUUCUCUCCCCACACACUUUUCAGCUCCGACCGCACCACCCUGAGCCAGAGGUCUCUCGUACUCUCACUCUCAUCUCUAAAACCAUCCAGACACUGGGCAGCUGGGGAAGCUUGUCCAAAAACAAACUGUCUAGUUUUAAAGAGUCCUACAUGUACGACUUCUUCAAAUUAUUCCAGGAAGAUAAAUGCAUAGAACAAGUGAAAAAGUUCUUAGACGACAUCUCCUCCAAUGCGAGUAAGGAGUGGAGUGGAGUGGAGGGUUCUGUCAUUCUGAAGGAGGGGGAAGUGCAUAAGCGGGCUCAGGGGAGGAAACGCAUUGGAAAAAAGAAUUUUAAGAAGCGGUGGCUGCGUGUGACCAACAGAGAGCUCACUUACCACAAGCACAAAGGGAAGGAGGCUCUCUAUGUAAUUCCCGUGAAGAACAUCCUCGGAGUGGAAAAAGUGGACGAAAGUGCCUUCAACCGAAAAAAUAUGUUCCAGGUGAUCCACUCUGACAAGACCCUGUAUGUCCAGGCCGGUAACUGUGUUGAGGCCAGUGAAUGGAUUGAGGUGCUGAGUCAGGUUAGCCGGUGUAACACAGAGCGACUCGGCACUUUUCACCCCUCCGCCUACGUGUCAGGGGCGUGGCUCUGCUGCCAAGCCACCAAUGAGAACCAGCCUGGCUGCAAGCCAUGCACCACCACCAUCCUAGCAAACAUCCAACUGGACAUUGACUGUGACCGUGAGACCGAGAGGAUCUUCUCUCUCUUCUCCUCCAACCUAGACAAGCUCCAGAAGAUGGAAGAUGCCUGUGCCGGCAUGUCGGUUUACCUGGGGCAGCAGCAGGAGGAAUACACUCGUUUUGUCAUCCAAGAUCCAAAGGAGACAUUCCGCACCAUUAAGGAGAUCCGCGUCCUGGUGGAGGACUUACAGGCACAUCAUGAUUCCAAGGGAGCCCUCACUGAUGAACCAGGCACUAUAGAGAACCCGAUAGUGGGGAAAACUUCCUAACGGGCUUGGUCUGAGAAACGGUGCCAAGACUGCCACACCAACAGAGGACAACGUGUUCCCUGCCACAGAGGGGAACACUGGGAGCCCCUGAAGUGCAAGGCGAACUCUCCGACAACACUCCAAGAACGUUCUGGUGAGGGCUGCACCCCCAAGGGGGGUUCCAGACCAAGCCCACCAAGGGGGUAGCAGGUUGUGGUUUCGGGAGAGCAGAAUUGGCUGGUUGAAGGACUCUUGGCCAGAUCACGCCUGGGUGGCCCGAAAAAUGUUCCCCUCCUUUUUCCCAGUGCCUCUCUCCCACUCUAUUCCACAUCGGUCUUUGCGAAAGAGGCUCUGAGAUACUCAUUCAUCAACUCACACUGAAAGAAAACAAAAACCCCCGUCACUUGUCAGACUGGACGGAACUGUG